GGUAGCUAACGUACCUAGCUAUACUAAUUGUGUCGUUCACGUUCUCGAUAUGACCUCACAACAAGACUGAGACACAGCCAAUGAAUGCAUUUCAAUAAGGAACAUUUGUCUUCUAAUUUGCAAGCAGACAUCACCUGGGAGCUGACUAUAAAGCUUGCUAGCUAACGUUAACUUGCUAAAGUACUUAACGUUAGUUGCAACAUAGCAGUCGGAUGACAUGAUGCUAAUUAUUUUACUUGCAGGUUCAGAAUAUUUGUUAACGAGAAAGGUCUGAGGUGGUUUUGGCCCAUUAACCCUUUAUAAAGCAAUGAGUGGAGCACUAUUCACCUGUGAAGACCCAGCUGUCUGGAGAAAGUUAUAUGGGAAAUACUGGGAGGUAGUGGAGGCCAAGUCCCUUGGGAAGGGCAAGAAGUCUGGAAAACUGCUUCCCUUGGAUAAAUGGUAUCAAGAGGAGCUGCCUGUAGCCAUCGCUGGGCGUGCUUAUAAAUACGUCACCCAACCAGAGCUGGUGAAACUGAUGGAGUGGAAGCUCACUAGGGGGAAGUUCCGUCCGCGGCUGCAGCAGCUCGUGGCCUCGAACAGUGAUGAGAUGGUGGAGAAGUGCUCUAGAAAGGCCUUCAGUCUCCUCCCUGACGUCCAGGCAGCCAUCACAGAACUCAGCUCUCUCAAAGCCCUGGGCCCAGCCACCGCCUCAGCUGUAUUGGCAGCAGGAGCUCCCGAGCAGGCUGCAUUCAUGGCCGACGAGGCCGUUGGAAGUAUCCCUGGACUGGGGCCCAUCCAGUACACACCCAGGCACUAUGCUCUCUACCUGAACAAGAUGGCUACACACACACAAACACUUAACAAAGUGGACAGCGAGCAGGACUGGACCCCCCAUAGGGUGGAGCUGUGUUUGUGGGCAUGGGCGGUAGCCAAUCAGCUGCAGCUCCCCCUGCUGAAGGAUGUGAAUCUAGAGAACAGCCUUCCCAAUAAGUCAGACCCGGAGACCAAUGACAGGCCAGCUAAGAGACAGAGGACCAAGUAAACCUUUUUUCUUCAGAAAACUACCUUGUAAAGCCUUUAAUUUAACAAUAGAGAAUAUGACUGGGAUGAAAGAAUGUCAGGCUACCUCAACAUUAUUGCAGUAGUGUUUUGUCUUUACGGUAUGUCUAGUUUUACAGUGUAACGUGCAAAUAAACUUCAAAAUUAAAUCUUUAAACAGUA